AUGCAGUCUUCAAAGAUCAGGCUGGUUAUUCCACGUGGCCUCAAGACCCUGCUUGAGGGGGUGAGCCGAGCUGUUGUUGAAAACAACCCAGAAGACCUUACUGAGUUUUUUGCGCUCUAUUUCCAAGAGCUCGUUGCCUUUCGAAAAGGGCAUCCAAAUCUGGAUAUAACAGAACUGGUUGAAAAGUUUGAGGUCUUUAGCGGAAGUGGAAAUGAGGGACUGGAAGAGAAGACAUCAGAGUACACAGAUUCUUUGUUUUCUGGGGAGCCCAAGCAAAGGGACAAGUGUACUGACACAGAGGAAGACCAGUUCCUUGAAGAACCUGAUAUUCAGUAUAGCUCCAAAAUAAUCCAACAUCCAUCAAUUGCCAGUUCCAUUGCGGAAAGCGAAUUCCCCCCUGGAUCUGAUGGAGCUUCAUCCCCUGAGGGACCUGAACUGGUGUACGUCCCUGCUGAGCCUGCACAGCUUGCUGCCCAUGUGCUAGCCAUGGCAUCAAGUGAAGCAGGACAGCUACCACCACAUUCUAAUGUGUGGACCCUCUAUUGCCUAACUGACUUGAGACGAGGUCAAAAAUCACCACCCUCCCUCUCUCCUGUUGGCAUUCCUUAUUCCGAGGCAACCCUCAGUCUUUCCAAGGGGAAAGAUGAACAGUGUGGUCAGCUGUCACAAGUAUCUGCUCCAAUUUAUGUGCUACAAGAAGAAAGCAAGAGGAGAGAUGCUCCACCUUUCAUUUUAGUGGGCUCUAAUGUUCAGAACAUACGGGACUGGAAACCUGUUCCUAGCCAUGCUGUCUUUGCACAGCAAGAUGUAGGUGCUAGGAGGAGAUUCACUGCAGUCCCAGUCCCAGUCGCCAGGCCAGCUGAUGAGAAAACAUCUAUGGCAAGCCCCAGUUCCAAUUCCACAGAGGAAACUGUGGCUAAGCCAUGCACACCUGAUGUUUUCUCAGUUGCCAUCCCUCUGGAUGAUGUGAUGUCUGCAAAGAAAGACUUGCCAGCUGGUGAUAAGCACACAGGUAUAAAUGUUCUUGCAGAAAGCUGUGGUACUGCAGGAUAG